AUGACUGACGUGGCAGCCAAUUUAGAAUUGUUAGAACGGUUAUUGUUACGCUUUGGAUUAGCUGAGAAAGAUGAGCAGCUGGAAAAAGAGUUACAUAAAUUUUUGCCUUCGAUCCUACUAAAAUUAAGCCAUCCUGAUGAAGAUGUUCGAAAGAAGGUCUUGGAAUUACUGAAUCAUGUCAAUAAACGUAUUCGCAACCAAACUGAUAUCAAAUUACCUCUUGAUGCUUUAUUGGAUCAAUUUCAGGAUGAUGCUACCCCAUCGUUCGUCCAGAACUUUACUACGGUAUAUUUAAAAAUGGGCUUUACAAGAUUAAGUUUGGCUGACCAGUUACAGAUAGUACCUAGACUUUUUGAAUGUAUCACUAGCAAAACUGCAGCGCAGCAAGAUCGAGUUUUUCAGUUAAUAGUUCCACUUUUCAGUGAAUUGAAGGAAAAGUACUCUGUUGAGGAACUACGUCGAAUGAUCGGUAUUGCUGAUAACAAGCUAAGUAAUACUGGAAGCUCUCUCCUACAGUAUCUCUUAGACCUUCUCUCUAUGCCUUAUAGUCCUCAAAUCGACUUAGCCAAGUUAGAAGGAGCACCUUGCCUUAGUGCCGCAAGUAUAAAACGAAUUAUUCCAGAAGGUGGUAUAAAUCCUGAUCAAUUAGAAAAGAUGAAGCUAGGAAUCCUUAAAUUUCUGGCAACUGAUCUUUUCACUGAGACAGCAAUUGCUCCUCACCUUAUAAUAGCAUCUGGUGAUGCCCGAUGGAGCUCGAUCGAUUGGGAAUCUGCUCAGCUUAUAACUAUCUUGUACCAGCUCUAUUUGGGGUCAUCGAUGAAAACACUUUCAAAAACUCAGACGAUAAUUAAACCUGAGGAGCAAAGAAUUCCUGCAAAUAAUCGAGUUAAGCUGCUCAUAAUACCACUAUUGAUAAAAUCUAAUAAAGCUGGUGAUGAAUUUCCGCCUUGCAUGCAAGUCAUUUUUGAUGCAUUGAAUGCACCUACUACUACACAACGGCUCAAAACUUUUGCUUUGCAGUUUAUGGGUCAUGUUUGUAAGAAAUCAUCAAAUACUAAAAUAAAGAUUAUGGGUCCUAUAUUGUUUUCUUCACUCAAGAAGUUAAUCAGUAGUGAAAAGGAAUCUAUUCUACGUCAGCUGUCGUACCAUAAUUGCGGAUAUUUAUCAAAGCGAUUACCAAAUAUGUUCGCCAAAGACGUUGGUAUUGUUGUGCAGUUUUUCAAUGCGCUAACUGAGGAAGACGCAGAUUCAAAAUCUGCUUUGCGCGAUGCUCUAAUUGAUAUGGCUUCCUGUUACAAAUCGGUAUCAGAAACAGAUGCAACCAUGUUAGAGAAUUUACUACUUCAAUAUGUAGAACAUACAAUAUUGCCGUGUAGGUUGUUAUCUGUUAGGCUAGCAAAUAUUAUAUUUCCGACUGACAAUGUGACUUCACGUUAUGUUUGUAUAUUGGCUUCCGCUGAUAGCAAUGAAGAAAUUCGAGAAGAAGCUAAACGCGGGUUAGGAUUAACAAGCGCUUCAAAUAUUUCCGACUCAAAUUCAACACCAGAAUACAAGUUUCCAUCAUUUAUAAAGCUUUUACAAUAUGUGAGACAACAGAUGGAAACAAGAUUAAGCACCAAUAACCCUCGCUGCUUUAAAACAGAAAGCGGAAUAUUGCCAUUUUCUCCAGCAAUUCUUAUGGAGUUAUUAACAUAUACUCGGAGAUGUCUACUUGAAAGUCAAGAUGAUAUUCCGGAAGAUGCUUUACAGUCAAUACCUUUUUUGGAAUUGUUAGAUCGACAUCUACAGAUUUAUGGCUCCAAUCAAUUCAACAAAGAAUCUAUUAUUGAUGAAUAUUUCUCGUUAGCCUAUGAGUCUUUAAGUCCCGCUGGAGGUUCCAAUUUACAUAAAGUUGGAUUGUACUGCUUAUUAGAAGCAAUCAAUGCUGAUCCUAUUCGCUUACAUGUUAGAUUGAUGAAUGGUAAAUGGAAUAGUAAAAUUCAGGCUUUCGUAAAUGGGGUUUCUGAUGACUGCCGAUUGUUCGCGAGUAGACUCUAUGGGAUGAUACUAGCUUCACAAGACAGCGUAAAAUAUAUUACACAAGUUCGAGAAUUACUUGAGAAAUCUAAUUAUCACUCAUUUGAAGUCCAACAUGGGUCCUUUGCCUCUGCUGGAUUCUGUUUAGUUUACAGAACAUUCUUUACCUCUGAUUUAAAUUGUAAAGUAGUCUUUGACUCACAAAAUGAAAAUAUGCUAGCGAAGGAGAUACUUCAUCAUAUAGCAAUUAGGUUAGCUGAUUCGCAAGCCGUUUUUGUCAAUACUGCCUGUACUAUUCUAACCGAGAUGGGGUCUAUUAAACCGCUACCUUUACCGGAUGAAUCCGAUAAUGAUCUCAGUAAAAGUUCAAUUGCCAAGAGGUUACAAACUCGAUUGCAGAAAUCCAAAGAUAAAAAGGUAAAGGAAAAUCUUUAUAUUACGAUUGGCCAUCUUCCAGUUGGUGACCCUCAUUUUCCUAAACUUAAAGAGCUCAUUGAAACAAUGCUAACGGAAAGUAAAGGCCAACAAAUUGACUUAUUAUUUACAAUCGGCAAAGCGCUGUCACUAAUUACAGCUAGACAUAUCUCCUCAGCUCUUCAAUGUAACCUUAUUAGCUCUAAAACUUUACGCGAACCUAAUCAAUAUGAUUCAGAAUUGAUGAGAUGGUUACUAGAUAUGUUACUAACCCGAUAUGCAACCAAUCCGAACCCGACAAUUCGUCAAGCAACGUGUAUCUGGCUAUUCUCCAUAUUGAAAUAUUCUGGCAAUAUGCCAGAAUUACAGAAUUGGUUGCAAAAAAUUCAAAUAAUUUUUAUUAAUUUCUUAACAGAAAAUGACGAGAUCACGCAAGAAAUGGCGUCUAGUGGCUUAGGUUUACUGUAUGAUGUUGGAGGAUCUACAACUAAAGAUACGCUGGUUAAUAUGCUCGUUGAUACAUUGACAUCAGGGCGAAAGGCGGGUGCACAUGUCACAUCCGAUACUGUCGUAUUCAAAAACAAUGAAGUCGGUGAAACUCCGGAAGGCUCUAGCAUGUCAACAUACAAAGAGUUAUGUGCUGUCGCAACUGAUCUGAAUCGACCGGAUUUAAUUUAUAAAUUUAUGCAUUUAGCAAAUCAUAAUGCAUUGUGGAAUUCUCGUAAGGGUGCAGCAAUCGGAUUUUCUUCAAUCGCUAGUCAAGCUAGAAAAGAAUUAGAACCAUAUUUACCAAAACUAAUUCCAAGAUUAUUCCGUUAUCGUUACGAUCCCAAAAUCCAAAAAUCAAUGAAUAGCAUCUGGUCUGCUUUAGUGCCCGAUACCAAGAUAGUCGAUAAAUAUAUGGUAGAAAUUGCUAAAGAUUUAUCGAAGAAUUUAACGAAUAAAUUUUGGAGAGUGAGAGAAUCGAGUUGUCUAGCCGUAAGUGAUUUGUUAAGUGGUCGAUCCAUCGACAGUAUUAUAACUUAUUUGCCUAAAUUAUGGGAAUCUUGCCUUCUAGUUUUGGACGAUAUAAAAGAAACGGUUCGUAAGGCGGCUGCAGUUUCCUGCCAAACUCUAAUCAAGGUUACAAUAAAAAUUAGCAGCGAUUUGAGUAGCAAAGCAAGCCAUGAAGUUGUCGAUAGUGUUUUACCUAUUUUGCUAUCUAAUAAAGGCAUUGGUAGCCGAGCUGAAGAAAUCAGAGCUAUUAGGUAUAUAUUUAAUGAAUCGUUUAUCAUUGGCACGCUACAAAAUAUUUGGAUGUUCAGCCUUAAUACGGUUGUUGAAAUUGGUAAAAAAGCAGCAGCUACACUUAAACCGCACAUAGCCGUCUUGAUACCGACCAUGAUAGAAUCCCUAAGUUCGCUCGAACCACAGGUUAUGAACUAUUUAUAUCUGCAACUGCGUAAUAAAGACUCGCAAGAACUAUGCAUUGAUUACAUUGAUGAAGAAAUUUUAACUGAACUCAUUCCCAAGCUUGUUCCUCUUAUCAGGCAUGGUAUAGGUGUAGGCACCAAGGCUGGUUGUUCUCAUUUUGUGAUACAACUUGUUAAUCUGAAAACAAAGGAAUUGCGACCACAUGCAGGCAAUGAGACUCAUUUAAAUAAAAUUCAUUUAAAUGAUGUUUGCAAUGUUAUAUCACACUCACCAGACAAUGAGGAAGGUGAAAACUACUGUGGCUUGGUACUUCGUGCUAUAUCUGAAUACGCUAGUGAAUUAUUCAAAAAUUAUCGCUCAGAAGUGAUGCCGUUAAUAUUUUUCGCUAUGCAUCACAAUGAUUCAGACAGUACCCUAAAAUCGAUGUGGAAGGAAUUAUGGAUAGAAAAUACUCCUGGUAUGGAGGGAGGAAUUCGAUUAUAUCGUGAUGGAAUUUUGGAUAUAAGUUGCAAGUGUAUAUCAUCGCAGUCAUGGAAAACGCGUGAAAAAGCAGCUAAAUCAAUCAUGACACUUGCAGAUAAACAAAACAGUGAACUACCCUUAGUAAGCCUUACUAAUACAUUGGAAGCACUUCAGUUAGCUUUAUCAGGCUCUGUAUGGGAUGGCAAGGAAUCAGUUCUCCACGCUAUUACCUCUUUAUGCAAGGCUAACAUAAAUACAUUAGAAGAACAAAAAGAAGAUAGUAAAAAUGCUACAAUCAAUGCGAUUAUAGACAAAUUUGUGCGGGAAUGUCGUAGAUCAAAUGUUUCGUAUAAGAUGAUUGCUAUGAAGUCUCUAACAACACUUUUAAAAGUAUUCAAGAUUAAUAAAUUCGUUGAAUUUAAAUCUAUCGUUAUCCCUUAUCUUGAAGAAUCAGAGAGCUGUAAUGAGGGUGAAAAACGCAAGAAGGAAGAAGGCAACAUCGAAUUAAAAGCAUGCAUUUUUGAAUGUCUAGGUAACGCAUGGCAUGAUUCUAUCACUUCACCAGAUAUUAUGAAAGAGUACAUAGUACUGAUGUCCUCUUCACUUGUAAAAAAUACGUGGAAAGUUCAGAUGCCAAUUUUGUUAGCUGCAGAAAAUUUUUUGGAAAGGGCAUACAACAAUGAUACUACGGAUGAGAUGUGGGAAACUGUAUUGUCGAACGUACUGUUACCGACUUUGGAUUGUUUAGGUCAGUAA